UUCUAUCUUUGCUGACGCUUUAUCUCAUUCCAAGUUGGUGGCUGUUGGGAAGCUUGAAAUGAACUCACUUCCAUUUUCCAUCCCCACAUAUAAUCCCAAUCCAAAUACCACACCUCGAUUGGGAUCAUUCACUGCAAAAAAGCGCCACACAGUUGAAUCUGCUGCUGUCAACUUCAAUGAAACCAAGUAUUCUAAGACGAUUGGGCCGGCUUCUCUAAGCAGAAGAGAAGCACUUGGUAUCGGCGUCUGCUUCGGCUUCCUACAGCUUCUUAAUCCGCAGCCGUAUCCAGCGGCGGCGGAGACCGGCGCUACCCCUCCGUGUGACUACACAGCAGCUCCGUCUGGGCUCGCCUACUGUGAUAAGGUCAUCGGAAGCGGACCUGAGGCUGUGAAAGGGCAGCUUAUUAAGGCACAUUAUGUGGGGAGAUUGGAAAAUGGAACUGUUUUUGACAGCAGCUACAAUAGGGGAAAGCCUCUUGCUUUUCGCGUCGGUGUUGGUGAGGUGAUCAAAGGUUGGGAUGAGGGAAUUCUUGGUGGGGAAGGAAUUCCGGCCAUGCUUGCUGGCGGGAAACGUAAGCUGAGAAUCCCUCCUGAACUUGGAUACGGCAUGAGAGGAGCAGGCUGCAGAGGAGGGUCGUGCGUUAUUCCACCCAAUUCAGUCCUCUUGUUUGAUGUGGAGUUCAUCGGAAAGGCUUAGAAGAAACGUUUUGAGCCGGGAGCAAGAGCCACAGGCAAUUUUGGACUUUUUCUUUUUAAUUACAAAAAAUUUGAAUAGCUUCGACUCAAAUGUUAUUACCAAUCUGGAUCCAACCGUUAUCUAUUUAAAUUGAUGUAAGGGAAAAAGGUUGAAAGUAGAGCAUGAUUCAACAGACUACUUUUCAUAUCAUACAUCCAGUAAUCUAAAGAUCAAGGUCAUGCCUGAAUUUGAACAUCUUAUUUCUGCCAUUAUUAUGUACAAACGCUAUUCUUGGGA